AUGGACUUCCAACCGGCGAUUAUGAGUGUCUCCCUGGGGCGAGCUUGGCUCCACGACUUCGGUCACAAAAUGGAGCAAGCUUCCAAAGCGGGUUUCAAGGGAAUGGAGAUUUUCUACGAGGACCUAGACUAUCUCGCUCGCAGCAUUUCGGGGAACGAUGAGCCAACUAGCGAGCAUCUUCUGCAGGCCGCCGAUCAGAUCUAUUCCAUAUGUCAGGCCCAAGGUCUUGAGAUCAUCGUUCUCCAGCCUUUUCUUUUCUAUGAAGGCUUGAAAGACCGAGCGCAGCAUGGAAAGCUUAUCGAAAAAAUGCAAUUUUGGCUGCAGCUUGCCAAACGACUGGAUACCAGGACUAUCCAAAUUCCCGCCAAUUUCCUCCCUGCAGACCAACUCACCGAUGACGUUGAUGUCAUCGUUGCCGAUCUACAACAAGUGGCGGAUAUGGGUGCAGCUGAAACCCCAACCAUCCGCUAUGCAUACGAGAACUUGUGUUGGAGCACCGUCAACGACACCUGGGAGAAGGUCUGGGACGUGGUCAAACGCGUUGACCGUCCGAACUUUGGGAUCUGCUUGGACACCUUCAACAUUGCGGGGAGGGUUUGGGCCGAUCCCGCGUCCCAGACUGGCAAAACAGCUAACGCGGACGCUGAUUUGAGCCAAUCUCUCCAGAGGCUAGUCGCUGAAGUUGACGUAGCCAAAGUUUUCUAUCUUCAGGUUGUGGAUGCUGAGCGGAUGGAGUCGCCACUUGUUUCGGGCCACCCCUUCCAUGUCGAUGGUCAACCACCACGAAUGAAUUGGUCGCGCAAUGCGAGAACCUUCAUGUAUGAGGAGGAUCGCGGGGCAUACCUUCCUGUUGAGGACGUUGCAAGAGCGAUAAUUUCUGGAUUGGGAUACAAGGGAUGGGUUUCGAUGGAACUGUUCUCCAGAACAAUGUCUGACAAGGGGGAGAAUGUGCCUGAUCUACAUGCCCAAAGGGGCAUCGUGGCCUGGGAGAAACUACGUCAUAGGCUGCAGCUGCAGUAA